AUGAAGGCUAUCAUCUUCCUUGCCCUUCUAGGGGCUGCUGUUGCUUUCCCCACUGGCGAUGAUGAUGAUGACAAGAUUGUUGGAGGCUACACUUGCCCAGUUAACUCCGUUCCCUACCAGGUGUCUCUGAACGCUGGCUACCAUUUCUGUGGUGGUUCUCUCAUCAAUUCAGAGUGGGUGGUGUCAGCUGCUCAUUGCUACAAGUCCCGAAUCCAGGUCAGAUUGGGAGAGUAUAACAUUGAAGUUGUGGAAGGUAAUGAGCAGUUCAUUGAUGCAGCUAAGGUGAUCCGCCAUCCUAAGUACAAUUCUUUCACCAUCGACAAUGACAUCAUGCUGAUCAAGCUGAAAACACCUGCCACCUUAAACUCCCGAGUGUCUUCCAUCACCCUGCCCACCUCCUGUGCUGCCACUGGCACUUCAUGUCUCAUCUCUGGCUGGGGAAACACCUUGAGUUCUGGCUCUGACUACCCAGAUGUGCUUCAGUGUCUACAAGCCCCCGUGCUCUCUGACAGCGAAUGCCAAAGUGCCUAUCCUGGAAAGAUCACCAAAAACAUGAUCUGCUUAGGCUUUUUGGAGGGUGGAAAGGAUUCCUGCCAGGGUGACUCUGGUGGCCCUGUGGUCUGCAAUGGAGAACUCCAAGGCAUUGUCUCCUGGGGUUAUGGCUGUGCCCAGAAAGGCAAACCUGGUGUCUACACCAAGGUCUGCAACUACGUGGACUGGAUUAAGACAACCAUUGAAAGCAACUAA